CGUGAGAGCCGUUUGCCCCACCCCACCUCCUCGGCGCUAUCUAUCUCAAUGUGCGAUUCUCAGAGAAAAACGGGGGCAACAAUAAUUCAGAGCGAAGCGGCGAGCGAGCGUCUGUGGUUUCCCCGGGCGGUUGAUCGGAGCGGACGCGGCCUCUCGGCGGUGCGAAGAUGAGCGUGUCGCCGCCGGACCAGUGAUUGAAAACACCGCGGUACGUCCAUGUAUCAUGCACAUGUAGCCGUAAUACUGCCACACGGAUUCAAAGGGAAUACAAGGAGCCGAGGGACUUGACAGCGAGCUGUACCUGCGCCAAACGGGCAAAUAGCGGCGGAUUUUUCCACGAAGAUCACCUGGAUUUCUUUUUUUUUUUUUUGGGGCGUUUUUAUUCAAGGACGUCCAGCUGCCAGAAGAGAGAGACCCGCCUGAGCUCGUCCGGAGAAGCUUCCCCGAUGUGAGGAGAAAUACAAAUUAACGUUACGGAGAGAAGAAGGACGGAGAAGGGCCCUUUUUCCGUGGGUCCGGUCAAACCCUUCCGAACAGGCGAGCGCUAGCAUCUGUUGACGGGGGGAGGAAAUCAUUUUGACAUCGGCUAAAAAACCGGAUAUUAUUGAUAAGGUUACAAACAACCUACGCCCCCACCACCCGAAAAAGAAAGAAGGUGUAUAAUGUGCAGGAUUGGCGUUAGACAACGAAGCCCCGGUGUAGCCUGAUGAUUCACAUGCCGUCAUUUUAAGAGGAAAUAUUUAUUUUUUAUUUCCCCCCCUAUUUGUCAUUUGAUGUGCUUCGAUCAGCACCGAUUGAAAAGAAUCCCGUACAAAUAACAACCUUAAAAAAAACUAUAUAUCUAAAGGAACAAAUAAAAAAGGUGGAGGAAAAAAUAGCGCUUGGGUUGUGAGUGGAAAUGAAUGGCAGUGUGAGGAAUCUGCUGAAGAUGGGCACAGGAGGAGACAUUUGCUGAGAAAAUUAACUAUACAAAGCGUAGAAAUAAAUAGAUUUAAAGAAAGAAGAAGAAGAAGAAGAAGAAGAAGCCAGCGUUUGGCUCGAAAGGAAACUGGGGACCGCCGACCUUCAUUCAUGUGCAUCGCCAGGCUGGAAAUUUCACAUCCACUCUCGUAUCAGUGUUGAUGACUUCAUUGCGGAUUUACAGUGAAAAACACAGGAAUCAAGCGUCUGUGAGGGCGGCAUCGCUGCUCUGCUCAUCUCUGACUGAUCUCUGGUUGAUUUAUUGCCAGUAAAUAGCCACAUCCAUCCAUCCAUCCAUCCAGCCACACUGUGUACACCGCCUGCUGGGGCCCCCAGCGUCUCCUGCCUACUAACAGGUUUACAUCUGUCUCGUCUGCAUCUGGCAACAUAAAUGUCACCCAUUUUGAGCCAGGUGUUCCUCUGCUGGGCCAGUCUAGGAAUUUAGGAUCCACUUCUUCCUCUGAUCAACACCCUCACCCUCCCUUCCUGCACCCACCCAACCAACCAUCCACCCACCCUGCCUCCCCCCCCUGAACCUGUCACUGGGUUUGUUGGGAAGAUGGGCUGUCUUGGCAAUAGUAAGACCGAAGACCAACGAAAUGAGGAGAAGGCACAGAGGGAAGCCAACAAAAAGAUAGAGAAGCAGCUCCAAAAAGACAAACAGAUAUACCGGGCGACUCACCGGCUACUACUACUAGGGGCCGGUGAAUCCGGGAAAAGCACGAUAGUCAAACAGAUGCGAAUACUGCAUGUCAAUGGCUUCAAUGCAGAGGAGAAAAAACAGAAAAUACAUGAUAUUAAAAACAACAUUAAAGAAGCUAUAGAGACGAUCGUGGCCGCCAUGACUACGCUCACACCGCCAUGCCAGUUAGCCUGUCCUGCAAACAAAAGCCAAAUCAAAUAUGUCAUGCACCAAGCAAACCAGAAGGAUUUUGAGUUUUCUAAAGAGUUUUACGACCACACAAAGAUGCUCUGGCAGGACGAUGGCGUGCGGGCCUGCUGGGAAAGGUCCAACGAAUAUCAGCUCAUCGACUGUGCACAGUACUUCUUAGACAGGAUCGAUGUUGUCCGGCAGAGCGACUACACACCCACUGAUCAGGACCUGUUGAGAUGCCGAGUUCUGACAUCCGGGAUCUUCGAGACGAGAUUUCAAAUAGACAAAGUCAAUUUCCAUAUGUUUGAUGUUGGAGGUCAGAGGGACGAGCGUAGAAAAUGGAUCCAGUGUUUUAACGAUGUGACAGCCAUCAUCUUUGUGGUGGCGAGUAGCAGCUACAACAUGGUGAUCAGAGAAGACAAUCAGACCAACAGACUACAGGAAGCCCUCAACCUUUUCAAGAACAUCUGGAACAACAGGUGGCUACGGACCAUCUCGGUAAUCCUCUUCCUGAACAAGCAGGACCUGCUCGCCGAGAAGGUUUUGGCAGGGAAAUCUAAGAUUGAAGAGUAUUUCCCGGAGUUUGCACGUUACACUACACCUGAUGAUGCAAUACCAGAGCCAGGGGAGGAUCCUCGCGUCACAAGGGCAAAGUACUUUAUCCGGGACGAGUUUCUGAGGAUCAGCACAGCCAGCGGGGACGGCCGGCAUUACUGUUACCCCCACUUCACCUGCGCGGUCGACACAGAAAACAUCCGCCGCGUCUUCAAUGACUGUCGCGACAUCAUACAGAGGAUGCACCUACGGCAGUACGAGCUGUUGUGAUGGGGAAGCGGCGCCCCUGCGACUUAUUUACCUACCGUCCUACCUAUCUUCCCCCGGCCCCCCACACCCCAGCCACCACCGACACGACCAGUUAGCCAAUCACCCCCCUCUCCACUUCCACCAACUUCACCAGACGACCGAGGGAACAAGCGAGCGACUGACCGCCUGCCCUCCCCUCCACCCCGAUACAACUCCUGCCGCCAACACAGUUUCAGAACAACCCCAGCGUGGAAAGAGGUUUUGUUCUCAUGGAUUCACCAACAACAGUUUCAUCGACUAUUAUCCAGGACUGAUUCCUGUACUCAGCCACACUUCGACCCAUGAAAGAGGGUCGAGACUGGAAUCUUUGUGCAGGCUAUUCCUCCUUUUAGCUCUCUCUCUCUCUCUCUCUCUCCCUCGCUCUCUCUCAGAUAUAUGAAUACACACUCGCAGGUACACACGCACCCACACGACAGACAUUCAGAGCCUUUAAAUAGGUUUUAGUGUCUCAUAUCACACACACACACACACACACUUUUAAUACCAAGCCCUCCUGCUUUUAACAGUCGGCAGAGGCUGGAUUCAAUAAUGCAUCCUGAGAGAGAGGUAGUUUAUUCACCGCGUGCUGACGACGAUCCAGGUGGAGACAGAUAGAAGAAGAAGAAGAAGAAGAAGAAGAGAAAGAUGAAAAUGGAUGGAGGGUGGCAAACUGACACAGCGGAGAGCUGUGAGCCUUUUUUCUUUUCGUGCCCGAGGACGGACUAAUUGACUACCGGCUGCCUGUGGUCGUGAGCGUGACUCGGACAUACGAACACAUGGCUCACAUGACCUGCUCUUCAGGAAAUCGUUUGAGGCGGGUUGGCAGAAAACAACAAAAAACAGAAAGGAGGAGAAAAAUAAGAAUAAUACCAUACAAGGCAUAAAUCCAUGCAUACCAGUGAACUUCAUGCAGUGCAAAAAAUCCAAGCUAUAUAAAUAUAUAUAUAUAGAUAUUUAUAUAUGAGUGUAUAUAAAUAUGUAUAUAUAUAUAAAUAUUAUAUAUUCCUGUAAUAACACAAUUCAACUUUUACGUUUUUGUUAGUUUUUACCCCAUGUUGAGUGUUGGUGUACACUGUGUGUGUGUGAUCUGCCUUUGUGCACCAUUGAAACCCCCACUACACACACACACACACACACACACACACACACACACACACACACACACACACAUCCUGGUCCCCCUGCCCCUGCUGCUAAUCGACAAAUACGGAAAAUAAAGAAAGACGAAAGUUUUUAUUUAAUAAGGAAAAGACAGAUUAAUAAAAAAGGAAAGCAUUAAGUAAAAGGAAUGACUUAACCAGACUGGAUGCAACAUAUUUACCUGGUAACACACACACACACACACAGACAAACAAACACACACCAACACCGACAUGCUCCAGCCCUCACCAGCACCCUCCCUCUCCACACGAAGCCCCACCCCCUCACCUGUCGUCUUGUUCUCCCCCCCCACACACACACACCUCUCUCCUCCCCCUCCCGGCUUUAAGUACGUCUGUCUUUAUUUUACUGCUGGACUAUUAUUCUUGUACAGACUGUAAAAUGUAUUAUUUUGUACAACUUUAUUGAAGAAAAAAAAAUAACUUGUAGAAGAUCCCUGUGCCUUGAUCACGACUGUACAUGUAAAAAUGAGCUAAUAUGUAAGUUAUGUUUCACUGCGCUGUACAGCUGGACGGGUCUGUCCCACCUCGUCCGAGCUAUUUCACCCCUCCACUGGGGGCUGGGGACUGGGGGGGAGGGGGGAGGGGCAUCGGAUCGGGGCGGAGGCCUUUUGUCUGUUGCUUAGUUUCCUUAUAUUUUGUUUAACCCCCUCCCCACACAUUUGUUUGUUUAUUGACUCAUCUGUUUUGCUUUGACUCUCCUUUGGUUCAUAUAAUAGGAUUUGAAGAAAAAAAAAAAUGAAGAAGAAAGAAAAAAAAAAAAAAGAUAAUCAGACACACCACCUUAAUGCCGUGUAGUGAAAGAUACUGAACCCUAACACAAUUUAAUAUAUAUAAAAUAUAUUUGAGAUUUUAUAUUUUAUAUAUAUGUACUGUACACUUAUAUCUAUCUCCCUUGUGAGCUGUCCCCCAGCUUUCCUUUGCUUUCUGUCAGUAACAUCUGCAUACAUUUUCAGAAGGUGGCGAUUCUGGGUGCAGUGGGAUGGGGAUUAAUUUCUUUUCUUUUUUUUAUUUUAGCUUUAACUCUUUUGAAGGAGAGGGGAAUAUCCAAUUGCAAAGCAUUGCUUGUUUCUACAUAAACCAAAUUCUUUUUGCUUAAACAAGAAGAAAAGGUUGUA